CAGAACGCACAAUUCGCUCAAGAUGAUCGCUCCAGAAGUUACAUUAACGCAUCUUAAUCGUGCCGACGGCUCCGCAACAUACACACACAUUGGCUAUUCAAUUAUUGGUGCGGUCAAUGGCCCAAUCGAGGUGCAGCGAAGAGACGAACAGCCCGAGGACGCGACUAUUGAGGUGAAUGUCAGGCCCGCUGUUGGUGUGGGAAGCCCAAAAGAGCGACAUCUCGAAACUCUCCUCCACAACACAUUGCGCAGCAUCAUAUUGACGCGCCUCAUACCACGGACACUUGUACAAAUCACGCUACAGAUCAGAAGCCUACCAGAAGAAGAUGAUUCGACUGGUGUCAAUACCAGCCUCACAAUUCUCCCACACCUUCUCCACACCGCGCUCCUCGCGCUUCUCUCCGCCUCGAUACCCCUCCGCACAAUUCUAACCUCCGUUUUAAUCGCUGUCCCGUCCUCUGCUUCUCCAAAUACCUCCUCCACACCACUGCUCUCGCCGACCGCGAACGAACUCUUACGCGCGAAACCUGUACGCUCUAUCCACGUCUUCGCAUUUUCAGGCGACCGAAAACUGUUACUGAAUGAGAGUGAUGGAACAUUCAGCUACGCGGAAUGGGCAGAAGCAUGCGAAAAGGCGGAGGAGGUGUGUUGUGGAGAGGAAGAAGAGGGAGGCGUAAAGUUGGAUGAAGGGGAAAGCAUGGAACUCGAUGGGCAGGUGCAGGAGGAGAGUUUGGAAAAGUGGUUGAGGGGCGUAGUGAGGAGGAAGGUGGAGUGGGAGCAGAGGUGGAAGAGUGCUACUUGAGCAUCUGAAGCGAGCAGUCAUACAUCGCAUACCGCAGACUCUGAAGAUGGAGUGAGUGGCAUGGCCGACAUCCUCAUGUCCCCGCGCCUGUCUGCUAGGCUAGCGAUCUGUUCACGUCGACCGGAAAUGACUCGAGGAGGACUGUUUGGCCGAUGCGGCGAGCACAAGCUUGGGUCUGAGUAACACGGUCAACAGACGACGAACCUUUUUAUUAUGACGGAGGAACGGACCGAGUCAUAUACGGAAGGUGGUACAACGCUGGCAGCGUGUCGUGAGUGAACUUCACGGUAAGUAAUCACCGUCGCGGAUAUAUACUGUAGAAGAUGAGAUAAUGAUGAUGCUAUAUAAAGACUCCUAUAUACAAUACACCAUAAUGGAGUUUU